AUGGCAACCUACCUCAUCACCGGUGCGUCCCGAGGCAUUGGACUCGAGCUUACCAAACAACUGCUCGAACUGCCAACCUCUGAGGUCUCCAAAGUUUUCGCAGUCGCUCGCAACGCUGAAACCGAUGCUAUCAAACAACUCUCGCAGAAAUAUCCCGAUCGUCUUUAUCCUGUAUCUGCCUCUGUCGACAACACCGCCAGCGUUCAACACGCUGUCGAGGCCGUGAGAGCCAAGUUGAAUGGCCAGUCGCUUGAUGUCCUCGUCAACAAUGCCGGGAUCAGCGGUGAAACCAAGGGAUUGAUCAAAGACAUGGAGCUUGACCAACUGACACAGAUUCUCGAUGUCAAUGUAGUUGGCGUACAGAGAGUGACUGCUGCAUUCUUUCCAUUGCUUGAGCAAGGCACACAGAAGAAGAUCAUCAACGUAUCUUCGGGACUCGGCUCCUUUGCGUAUGCCCCUCAUGUCGUGUCAAUGCCAUCUGAUGCGUACAACAUCUCCAAGACUGCGCUCAACAUGCUCACCGUGAGAUGGGCACAUCAGUACGCUGAGGCUGGCUUUACCAUCGUUUCCAUUUCUCCUGGUUGGAUCAAAACAGAUAUGGGCACUGCACAUGCAGAUCUGAGCAUUGAGCAGGGUGUUGCUGCAGUCAAGAAGCUCAUAUUGGAGACUGGCAAGGAACAGAAUGGCAAAUUCCUCAACAUCAAGGUGCCCAAGACGGAUGAGAUGAUGUUUGAUUAUGAUGGCAAGGAAAUCCCGUGGUAA